GCUCUCGGGGUAGGGGUUCGGACUUGGAAAAGGGUCUGUGCCCCGCCCAUCCCGGGGCCCCUCCUUUGCCCCGCCCUUCGGACCGCCUUCCCCAUUCAUUCCUACGGGGUGCCACCUGCGCCCCCUUCUGGUCUCGAGUUUAGGGGUCUCUGCUUCCGGUCAUCCAAACCUUGGGGUCCUUCAAUGCUGGCCCCUACUCCAGGGCCCUCACGGGCCUUUAAGGUUUUCUCUAGCAGUCGAAGCUCCGGUCUCUCUCUUUUGGGUUCUCCAGCCUUGGGGGUUCCAACACUUAGUUCCCUCCAAUUCCUACCUUCCCUUCCUUCCCCUCCCCCAUCUUCUAGCUGUACCUGCUUUCUGCCCUACCCCAACCACAUUUAAAUUCUUUUUCUGGAAGCUGUGUCUGUAGAUCUUCUCAUUGCUCUAUAGCGCUUUUCCCACUUUCUCCCUCAUCUUUAUUGUUGGUCCAGAGGUGUGAAGGGAUGAGGAUCCUAAUAGAACUUUCAGCAUGAGUUUUCUCCUCGGUGGCCCCACCCUCCUCUGCCUUCUCUGUUGAUAGUGAUAGGAGGUGAGGGAUCUAAGGUGGAAGAAGGCAAACCAGGAACGCGUCUAGUGGUCUCUCAAGCCCUCUGACAAGUUGAUGGAACCCAGUUAUUCCUUCUGGCUGGAGAAUUCCCAGUCUUGCUGAUUGAAAUGCUGAAGUGUCUGCUGCAUAUGCAAGUACAUUGCCUCAACACAGCGACCUGACGGGACCUGGCGCAAGCAGCGGAGGGUGAAAGAAGGCUAUGUGCCCCAGGAGGAGGUCCCCGUGUACGUGGUUAGGCGUGAGGAGCGGGUAUGAGAACAAGUAUGUGAAGUUUUUCAAGAGCAAACCAGAACUGCCCCCAGGGUUGAGCCUCGAGGCCAUUGCUCCUGUCAACCCAUCAAGGUCUGAAGGUGGGGAACCAGGCCUCUCCAAGACAGCCAAACGCAACAUGAAGCGGAAGGAGAAGAGGCGGCAGCAGCAAGAGAAAGGAGAGGCGGAGGCCUUGAGCCGGACUCUGGAAAAGGUGUCCCUGGGAGAGACAGCUCAACUCCCCAGUGCUCCACAGGGCUCCCGGGCAGCCCCCACAGCUGCCUCUGACCAGCCUGACCCAGCUGCCAUCACUGAGAAGGCCAAGAAGAUAAAGAACCUAAAGAAGAAGCUUCGGCAGGUGGAAGAGUUGCAGCAGCGGAUCCAGGCUGGAGAAGUCAGCCAGCCCAGCAAAGAGCAGCUGGAGAAGCUAGCAAGGAGGAGGGUGCUGGAGGAGGAGCUCGAGGACUUGGAGCUCGGCCUGUGAGGCCUUUGGGGAAUUGGGAAUGGACUACAACAAACCAUGGGGCUUUCUGGGGUCCUGGGGAACAUGGCAGCAGCAGUCAGGAGGGGUACGCCCCCCUUACUGGCUCACUUCCCUCUCUCAUGGCCCAACUCUGUCCUCCAGAGCCUAGCCUCUCCCUCAUUCCUUCCCUUUUCUUCCAAACUCCUAUUUUUUAGACGUUUCCCCUUCCCAUUCCCAGUGUUCAAAAACCUCAGUGACUCCCCCAGGCUCCUUUGCUGCUGAUUUGGGUGUCUUAUUCAAAAGAAAAUUGGGUGGGUGGGACUCUCGGGAACUGAGGUUGAGGGUAGGGGGAGUAUGCCCAAGUCUUGGAGUCUUGAUUCCUGUUCACAGUGUUUAUGGGUUAUUUCCCCCUCAAUCCCUGACCUCUUUUUUUUUUUUUUUUUUUUUU